AUGAUACGAACAUAAUUUAAUGACCAGAAUUCUCAAUAUAGCUAUAAUUCAGCUUUAUUUGGAGGAGUAUUUUAUUUAGACAACACAAUAUCUAACUUAUCAAACAUCAGUAUUCAUGAUACAUUUGCUGUAUAGGGAGGUGUUUUAUAUAUUCAAGAUCUUUCUCCAACUAAUUUUUCUAAUUCAAAAAUUGAAAAUUCUGUUUCUACAUAGUAUGGUGGAGUUUUUUCUAUUAACUAACCUAAAAAUCCCAUAGGAUCAAGUUCUUUUAAUCUAACAUAUGUUAAUAUUUCAAAUACUUUCGCUGGUAUUUCUGGAGGCAGCUUUUACAUUGAUUCUACUUAACUUAAAUAUUUGAAUCUCUAUCAAAGUUAGUUUUUAAACUCAAGUGCAGUUGAGUAUGGAGGAGUUUUAUGUGUUUUAAAAAUGGAUGGCCUCCUCUAAAUUUCAUCAGAUAAUUAGACUCUCCAGAAGUCAUUAUUUCAACAAUUUAAAGCUAAUUUACUUGGCUCAUUACUCUACUCUUCAUACUCUGGAUUUUAUAUGACUAUUAACAAUACUAUUAUUGAAUCAUCUAGUACUUUUGAUUUAAAUCAUGUCAAGCAAAAGUUAGAUAACUUGCAAUAUGAUUAUGCUGGAGCAGUGUAUGUAGCGAACUCUAUAUUAGGAGUAUCUUCCUAUAAUAAUGAAUACAGAUAUUGCUAUUUCCUUAAUUAAGGGGCAGUAUUUACUUUUAAGGAGACCAAAUUUAAUGACAUAAACUCUAGUUAUCACUAAAAUGCAGCAAUUGGUGGAGGAGUUAUACUGUGUGAAAGUUGUUAAAUGAAUAUAUAAAAUUCUGAUUUUCAGCGAAACUAUGCCUUUAGUGGAGGAGUUUUUGUAAUUGAUAAUUAAGCAAGAGUUAAUAUCACUCAGUCUAUUUUUACAAAUAAUACUGCAGUUAAAGAUGGAGGAGUCUUUAUGGUUAUAAAGUCAAAAAUAGGAGCACUUGACAGUUCAUGGAUUGUUAUAUCUGAUAUUCAAUAAACGCAGUUCAAUAAAGCAGACUUAGGAGGAUUUUUAAGUUCAGAUAAUUCUUACAUGCAAAUAAAUCUAACUAGAAUAACUUUUGCCCAUGAAUUAGCAACAUCAAAAGGAGGUAUUAUUCAUAUUGCUGAUGCACUAAGCUUUACAAUUCAGCAAUCAAAUCUAAGUAAUUUUGAGUCUCCUGAGGGAGCUGCAAUUUUUUCUCAAUCGCCAAAUGUCUAAAUCAAUCUUUAUAAUAACUUAAUGAUGUGCAACCCAGACUAUUUGCCUAUUCUUAUAUAAGAAUAUUUAAACUUGACUGAUCCUUUGUACUAAUUAUAAUCAAAUAUUCUCAUUAAAAACGCUAAGCUGAUAGAUUCAAGAUAAAAUUUAUUCAAACACUGUUUCAUCACUAACUUUGGAGGUGUAUUCACACUCUUAAAUACAAAUUUUUAAGACUCAAAAUCUAAAUACUAUCUAAAUGCAGGAGCUUAAGGUGGAGUUUUUUAUCUUUAAUAAGCGAAUGCAUCUAUACAAUUCGCAGAAUUUGAUAGAAACAUUGGAAAUAUAGGUGGAGUUAUUUAAAUGAAUCAGAAUUCCUAUUUAAGCGUGAGUUCCUCUUACUUUACGAAUAAUUAAGCUUACUAUUCAGCAGGAGUCAUUUAUGUCACGACUGAAUCUCAUUUUGAUAUUAAUGGGACUAUAUUUAACAAGAAUCAAGCAAGUGAAGUUUCAACAAUUAAUGUUUUAAAGAGUAGUCUAUCAAUGAAUAACACCUUAAUAAAAUGUGAAUUCACAUAAAAUAAAGCUAUAAAAAAUACUCUAACUUUGAUGUACUCUAAAACUCAAAUAAUUGGGAGCAUUUUUAAGGACAAUGAAGCAACUUAACGAUCAAAGAAUUUAUUUAUAGGUUUUUCUGAAAUCUAUGUAAUUAACACUAAGUUUAUUCAGACUUACUCAGAUGAAUUAAAAUCUAAAAUUUAUUCAGGAUAAGAAAAGAUAAUAGGUACUUUUAUAUUCGUACUAACCGAUGUGGAUAUUGAAAUAACUAAUAGUGAAUUUACAAAUGGGUUUGCUAUUAUUGGAGGAGCAAUAUAUCUCUCAGGAUUUAGUAAUCUUAAAAUAAUAAAAAGUAUAUUCAAUAAUAAUCAAGCAAAAGCAAAUGGCGGAGCAAUCUACGCUGUAGGUUUUUCUAGUAUUUAUAUUGGAAAUGAAACAAAUUUCUAGUAAAAUAUUGCAAUAGAUGGAGGAGAUGAUAUCUUUGUAGCAAAUACUGAUAAAAAUCUGACCUUAUUUAAAGUUAAUAUAGUAAAUCCUAAGGCUAAAAACUCUAUCAAUGCAGAGUAAUGUGGUGUCAAUAUUUUAAAUAGCACAAUCUCAAAUAUAUAUAAUUCAAAGAGUACUCAUGGAGCUGGUUUAUAAUGUUUUAAUUGUCGAAAUAUUUAUAUUGCACACUCCUCAUUUCAUAAACUACAAAGCUAACUUGGAGGAGCAUUGUAUAUAGAAGAAAGUGAAGUUAAUAAGAAGGCUGAAGACAAUUAUGGGAAAUAUGUUAUAGAAAAUUCAAUAUUUUAAUCUUGCUAAGCUUCAACGACCGGAGGUGCAUUAUUUUUAAGAAACAUCUAAUAUUUGACAAUAUUGAAUUCAAAUUUUAAGGAAAAUGCAGCAUUAUUUGAUUCUUCUUACUCUAAAUAAGAAAUAUCUGGAUCAGGUGGAGCAAUCUAUUAUACUUGUGAUGAAACUUAUCUUUACUGUAAUUUGAAGUUUGCAGGGAUCAAUGUAUUUAAUAAUAACAGAGCUGGUAUUAAAGGAGGAGCUAUUUACUGGGAUUCAUUAGAGCCAAAGUUUUUCAAAAAUUAAAUGAUCUUUUCUGGAAAUAAAGCUCAAUAUUAUGGCGAUAAUAUAGCUUGUUAUUCGCAAUAAUUGGUUAUGAUAAACUAAACACUUUAUAUUCAAUUAUAAAUUGACCUUGGAGUAAUUAAAAAAGACGAAAUGAAUUUGCUAAGAUAACUUAACUCGAUAGGAAAUUAGAAUCAAGAUGGAGAAGUAGAUCAGUUAAACGGGAAAAUAAAGAAUUAAAGAAGUGGAGGAGAAAUUCCAUAAAUUUAUCUGGCACAUAUUGAUAAAUAUGGAUAAAUACAAUCAUCUGAUUUUUCAAGCAAAGUUAAAGCCUACGUGAAUGCUGAAACAACUUCAAAUAGUAAAUCUCAAUUAUUUCCUCCUAUUAUUAAAGGUACUACAACCUUUGAAACUAUUGCUGGCAUGGUAAUUGUCUAGGGCUUAAGUUUUUCGGCUUCUCCUGGCAAUAAAUACACAAUCUCUUUUAAUUCUGAUGGAAUAGACUUGAGAAAGUCAUCGAAUUAAGAAUUUAUGAAGCUGCUUGGGGAUUCUAAGAUUAAUCUAGAUUCUAACAUUAUACUUGAGCUGAGAGAUUGUAAUAUUGGGGAAUAAUUUACUGAAGAGGGAUAAUGUAUCAAAUGUCCAGAUUAGCAAAGCUUCUCUCUUGUAAAAAUGACAUCUCCUGGAGAAUGCGAAUCAUGUCCUUCAGAUAAAGCUUUAUGCUAUGGAGGCUCUAAUGUGGGACCUCGACCUGGUUUUUGGAGAACUACUAAUUCGUCAUCACUUUUUAUAUAGUGCCUCUAUGAACCUUCUUGCCUUGGAAUGGUCGAACCAGAAAAUAAUCCUAUCGGUUCUUGCUAAAUUGGAUAUUAAGGAGUCUUAUGCGCUGAUUGUGCUGCCGAAUUCUCAAGAACUGGAGACUUUGAAUGCUCAAAGUGCCCUUAAAGAACGAUUAAUAUAGUCAGACUAACUUUUAUUGUACUAGCAUUUAUAGUUGGAGUAGUAAUAAUUUUUGGAUUGGCCUAAUUAACUUUUAUCAUUUUUUGA